CUGGAACUUGGCAAUGUUUUUGUUGAAUGUCAAUCGCUGGAUUUGUGCCCGUUUUCCUUGAGUAAGUUUAGUUUUCGAAAUUAUUUUUAAUACUGUAGCUUCAAUUAAUUUUUUCAAACAAAUAUCCAAAAUUUUGAUACAAAAAUCUUAAAUUUCAGCGUAUUGGUCCGAUUUUUUGUGGAUGUUUGUGAGAUCUGCUGACAUUUUUCGGUCAAACUGCAACUACUGGAAUUUUAUUUUCUGGAAAUUUGUGACUAGAGGAACCAAGGUCAGUUUUUUGUCAUUUUCAAAAUAAUUUCCAAAAAAAAAUUUUAUUCAUUAUUCAGACGUUCUCUCAACUCAAAAAAUUGAAAAGAAAAUAA